AGGCGCCUAGGCUAGCGGGUGUUGGCCAGUAACGACAGUGCAAGGCGAGCUGCUCCACUGUAAUCCACGAGCGAGUCAUGAGCCACGGGAAGAGAACCGAUAUGCUCCCAGAGAUCGCCGCCGCAGUGGGGUUCCUCUCCAGCCUCCUGAGGACCCGGGGCUGCGUGAGUGAGCAGCGACUUAAGGUUUUCAGCGGUGCGCUCCAGGAGGCACUAACAGAGCACUACAGACACCACUGGUUUCCAGAAAAGCCAUCCAAGGGCUCUGGCUACCGCUGCAUCCGCAUCAACCACAAGAUGGACCCCAUCAUCAGCAAAGUGGCCAGCCAGAUUGGACUCAGCCAACCCCAGCUACACUGGCUGCUGCCCAGUGAGCUGACCCUGUGGGUGGACCCCUAUGAGGUGUCCUACCGCAUCGGCGAGGAUGGUUCCAUCUGUGUCCUGUAUGAGGAAGCUCCAGUGGCCACGUCCUGUGGGCUCCUCACCUGUAAGAACCAAAUCAUGCUGGGCAGGAGCAGCCCCUCGAAGAACUACGUGAUGGCUGUCUCCAGCUAGACUCCCACGUCCCCACCCUGACACUCUACUGUACUCAUUCAGCUGUGACAACAGGCCACUGCAUACCUCAACCUGGGGAACUGUAUUUUUAAAUGAAGAGCUAUUUAUAUAUAUUAUUUUUUUUAAGAAAAGAGGAGAAAAAAACCAAAAGUUGUUUUUUUUUUUUUUUUUCAAAGAAAAAAAUCUUUAAAGGGAGCUGCUCAGAAGCGGCUACCCCAGGUGCCUUUGGAGAGAACUGUUGUUGUGCACGUGAGUCUGUGAGCCAGUGUCCGCUGUGGAAGGGGAUUGGCCAAGCCAGGGUGCUGGAGAAGGUUGGCCAAUACCCCAGGUGAGGCUAGCAACUGUGAAUGAGACGUCAGGAUCUGCCCUGGGUGAGGGGAGAGUUCUGACUCUCCUAGCUGUGUGGUGAGCUUGCCAGGCUCCUCUCUUAUUCAGGGGUGUUUAUUCCUGAACUUCAGUAAUACUAUGUUGCCUAAUCUUUUAUUUUUCUGAUGAGAUCUUAGGCAGAGUGAAAAGGCCUCUUACUCCUUCUGUUCUAAACAGCUUUUCUUGAAAUCAUGAUUGAGUUUCUAAUUCUACCCUCAGGGGCCUGUAGAAGUUGCUUCCUGGCCAGGAAUCUGAAGCUUUUGGGGAGAGAGGGUGUUAAGGCAGGGGUUGGAGGUGUUUGGUGUUGGGGGUGGAAGAGAACUUGGGGCAUGAAAACUUCACUUUGCUGCAUGCUGCUUUGUGUGUCUGUGUGGCGAAUAAUUUGGGGAUGAUUUGCAAUGGAAUUUUGGGAUCCAAAGAGUUUCCACUGGGGAUAUUUGUUGGCCAACAUGCUUCUUUUUGGAACCACAUGAAAGUCCUGGUGCUGCUACUAUUCCUUUGAGAGGUGGCUCAAAAGCUACAAGGAACUCCAGGUCUUUCAUUACUGCCUUCUUUGCAAAAGCACAAUACUCCUUUCUCCUCUCCUCCCUCUCCCCUCUGGUUGGGUUUUCUAAGACAAGAGUUCUCAAUCACUGUGCAAUAGACCCCCAGGGUCCCUGGAGGCUCUGGAGAAGAACUGGCUCCCAGCACCUGCUAGUGAUGGGUGGGGUUAGAGACCCAACUCUCCUGCCCUCCUUGGAGACUGUAACCAGGAGUUCUUCCUGGGCCAAAGAGGAGCGAGUGUCUGUGCUCUGCAGGACUACCUGGUAUUCUUGUGGGGCUAACAAUAAAAGCCAAAUCUCCGGCACUGUUUUUUUCUCCCAGGUGCUUAGAGCACGUAUGGGAGAGCUUGCUGUCCCUCUCACUAAAACCCAGAAGUAUCUGUAAGUCUUGUGCAAUAUUUAAUGUCCUGGACUGGGGAAGAUAGAAAACUAUGCUGGGAAGAUGAUCCCUUUCCUUCAGUUUCUCAGUGACAUUAAUGUGGGGCCCUCAGAUGGCCUCGAGUCUCCAAAACUGAAUCACCUUAAGAAGGACAGAGCUAGAGAAUCUGGUCAUGCUGGCUUCCCUAUCGUGGUCUCUUAGUGAGGACUACACACACACACACACACACACACACACACACACACACACACUGUACCCCAAGUUGCCCUCCCUUACCUACUGCCAGUCUCCUCUGGAUUUCCAAACUACUCAGUUUUGACUCAAAGGUGCUAUUUACCAAACACUCCCUUGCCUCCUCCUGCCCUUCCACCCCUGGCUUUCUGCUGCCUUCCCCUACCCUGCUUCCAGCCUUUAUUGCUUUAAUGUUGACUGGGCCCACUGUCCAGGCACUGUUCUCCGGCCUGUGGGUUGAAAAAAAGCUGUGAAUCACUGCGGAUUGCUUUCCUGCCUCUCAGUCCACCAGCAAGCUCCUGACCUCGUAGAGCAGCCUGGUGACCUCAUGCUUAAUCUUCUCUCUUCUUGCUGAUGUUCACUUUAAAAACAGCAAACCCCCCAGAGCUGGACUGUUGAGCAGGCCUGUCUCUCCAUUAAGUAAAAGUAAAUAAUAGUACGUUUGUAAGCUAUUCUGACAGGAAGGAUAAAGGUUACUAAUUGUAUAAUAGUGUUUUUAUAUGGAAGAUUGUACAGCUUUAUGGAUAAAUGUAUACUUUUUUUGUUACUUUAAUAAAAAUGUAGCAGAUGAAAUCUGGUGGAGAGAA